AUGGGCGGCGCAGGUGGGCCGAGCCCCUCGAGGAGCUGCGGCGACACAGAGCAUGCGAAAGAUGGUGGUAGGAGCGGAGGUACGAAGGUUACCAGUAGUGAGGCUGAGAGCACAAGGGAGGGAAUUGCAGUGCCCGUUGAACACUAUCCGGCCUGCAGAUUUCAGCCGCACUGGGCUGAUCCGUGGGCUAAAUCCUUUAAGAGAAAGCCCAUCAGGCCCAUCAACAAGGUCCUUCUACAAACAGUGGGUGGGUUCGUUCUGUCGAGGCCUCUCGUUCCGAUCCGUCUUCGCCGGCCGGCCGGCAUCACCACCAGUCCACCACCACCAUGGCCGCCGCCACCACCACCACCUCCGCGGCCGCAACCGUCUACUCGUCGCGUCCGCCUCCCCUCCUCCAACGCCACCUUCGUUUCCUUCCCGCGGCGGCCGCUCCCCGCCACCACCCUCGCCCUCUCCGCCCCCUCCCAGCUGUCGCUGGUGCCGGCGGCCAACCCCAAGUACCACAACGCGAAGGUGGACGCGGGAGACGAGGACGUGGAAGGGGAGGAGCUCCUGCGGCGGUUCAACUGGCAGGUGUCCCGCGCGGGCGUCAUGGAGGAGAUCAGGCGGAGGAGGCACGAGGACGCGCGGGACAAGCGCAAGUGCAAGGCGCGGUCGGCGGCGAGGAGGUUCCGCCGGAGGCGCUUCAAGGGCCCAUAUCCUCUCAACGAUAACCAGGGGCUGAAGGAGCAGGCCUCUGAUGAUGAUGAGAACGACAACUGGGAGCUCCCUGUAGGAGAGUUGCCUUCUUACAGGUAG